UUGUAACGUUCCCAGCGCCGCGUUUGAAUUCGGGGAGGAGCGGAGCGGUGCGGAGCCGAGCCUCUGCACCCAGCCAGGUCUGCUGAGCAACUCUGGGAACAUGAGUGCGGCGGCGACUGCGGGGAAGCUGGCGCGGGCACCAGCCGACCCAGGGAAAGUCGGGGCUCCGGCUGCUGGAGCCCCAGCGGCUGCUCCACUAGCGAAAGAGAUCCCCGAGGUCUUAGUGGACCCACGCAGCCGGCGGCGCUAUGUGCGGGGCCGCUUUUUGGGCAAAGGCGGCUUCGCCAAGUGUUUCGAGAUCUCGGACGCAGACACCAAAGAGGUGUUCGCGGGCAAGAUCGUGCCUAAGUCUUUGCUGCUUAAGCCGCACCAGAAAGAGAAGAUGUCCAUGGAGAUCUCCAUUCACCGCAGCCUGGCCCACCAGCAUGUCGUAGGCUUCCACGGCUUUUUCGAGGACAACGAUUUCGUGUUCGUGGUGUUGGAGCUCUGCCGCCGGAGGUCGCUCUUGGAGUUGCACAAGAGGCGGAAAGCCCUGACCGAGCCCGAGGCCCGCUACUACCUGCGGCAAAUCGUCCUGGGCUGCCAGUACCUGCAUCGAAACCGGGUGAUUCACAGGGACCUCAAGCUGGGCAACCUCUUUCUGAACGAGAGUCUGGAGGUGAAAAUAGGGGAUUUUGGACUGGCAACCAAAGUGGAAUAUGAUGGGGAGCGGAAGAAGACCCUGUGCGGGACUCCUAAUUACAUAGCUCCCGAGGUGCUGAGCAAGAAGGGGCACAGUUUCGAGGUGGAUGUGUGGUCCAUUGGGUGUAUCAUGUAUACCUUGUUAGUGGGCAAACCACCUUUUGAGACAUCUUGCCUAAAAGAGACCUACCUCCGGAUCAAGAAGAAUGAAUACAGUAUUCCCAAGCACAUCAACCCUGUGGCUGCCUCCCUCAUCCAAAAGAUGCUCCAGACAGAUCCCACUGCCCGCCCCACCAUUCACGAGCUGCUCAAUGACGAGUUCUUCACUUCUGGCUACAUCCCUGUCCGUCUCCCCAUCACAUGCCUCACCAUCCCACCAAGGUUUUCAAUUGCUCCCAGCAGCCUUGACCCCAGUAACCGGAAGCCUCUCACAGUCCUCAAUAAAGGCACAGAGAAGCCCCAGCCUGAUCGUCCUCGGGAAAAAGAGGAACCAGUGGUUCGGGAGACGAAUGAGGCGAUCGAAUGCCACCUCAGUGACAUGCUGCAGCAGUUACACAGUGUCAAUGCCUCCAAGCCCGCAGAGCGAGGGCUGGUGAGGCAAGAGGAGGCGGAGGAUCCCGCGUGCAUCCCCAUCUUCUGGGUCAGCAAGUGGGUGGACUACUCGGACAAGUAUGGCCUCGGGUAUCAGCUGUGUGACAACAGUGUAGGGGUGCUCUUCAAUGACUCCACACGCCUCAUCCUGUACGACGACGGGGACAGCCUGCAAUACAUAGAGCGCGACGGCACCGAGUCCUACCUCUCCGUGAGCUCCCACCCCAACUCCUUGAUGAAGAAGAUCACCCUCCUGAAGUACUUCCGCAAUUACAUGAGCGAACACUUGCUGAAGGCGGGCGCCAACAUCACGCCCCGCGAGGGUGACGAGCUCGCGCGGCUCCCCUACCUGCGCACCUGGUUCCGCACGCGCAGCGCCAUCAUCUUGCACCUGAGCAAUGGCACCGUGCAGAUCAACUUCUUCCAGGACCAUACCAAACUCAUCCUGUGUCCGCUGAUGGCAGCCGUGACCUACAUUGACGAGAAGCGGGACUUCCGCACGUACCGCCUGAGCCUGCUGGAGGAGUUCGGCUGCUGCAAGGAGCUGGCCAGCCGGCUGCGCUACGCCCGCACCAUGGUGGACAAGCUCCUGAGCUCGCGCUCGGCCUGCAACCGCCUCAAGGCCUCCUCCUAGGCCUCCCCUUCUGGACUGGCGCCUCCUCACCCCCACCAGCUCCCGGGCCUGCGCUGGUUGGCUCCCGUGGGCAGUUUCUGUAGUGUGCCCCAGCCCUGGGGGCUGGGCAGGAGCUCCGUGGCCCUGCAGGUGGGGUGUGUAAGUUAUUUUUGUACAUGUUGGGGUGUGGGUUCUGGCUCCUGCUCUCACUCGGCCCACCAGAUGAAUUGCACAGAGAAUUUCUAUUGAAUCGGGACUGCCCCUUCCUCAGCUUUAUACGCAUUAAACACACGUGAAUCUUCA